CUGGUUGGUGGAGAGCUGAGAGGGCGGAACGCUCGCGCCGGUGAAGCGGCCUGCAAGCGUUAGUCCCGGCAGAGGCGGCGGCGUGAAGAUGGCGGAGCUGCGCGCGCUGGUGGGAGUCAAGCGGGUCAUAGACUAUGCUGUGAAGAUCCGAGUGAAGCCAGACAAGACUGGUGUGGUGACAGAUGGGGUGAAACACUCCAUGAACCCCUUCUGUGAGAUCGCAGUGGAGGAGGCCGUGCGACUGAAGGAGAAGAAGCUGGUGAAGGAGGUGAUUGCGGUCAGCUGUGGCCCCAAGCAGUGCCAGGAGACCAUUCGAACGGCUCUGGCCAUGGGUGCUGACCGUGGCAUCCACGUGGAGGUGCCCGAAAGCGAGGCAGAGCAGCUGGGGCCCCUCCAGGUUUCCCGGGUGCUUGCUGCUUUGGCCCAGAAAGAGAAAGCUGGGCUGGUGCUGCUGGGGAAACAGGCCAUCGAUGAUGACUGUAAUCAGACUGGACAGAUGACAGCUGCCAUGCUUGACUGGCCUCAGGGCACGUUUGCCUCAAAACUCUCCCUAGAGGGGGACAAGUUGACAGUGGAGCGAGAGAUUGAUGGUGGGCUUGAGACAAUUCGCCUCAAGUUGCCUGCUGUGGUGACUGCUGACCUCCGGCUGAACGAGCCCCGAUAUGCCACUCUGCCCAAUAUCAUGAAAGCCAAAAAGAAGAAGAUUGAAGUGGUGAAGCCUGGGGACCUGGGGGUGGACACGUCCUCCCGCAUUUCUGUGCUCAGUGUGGAGGAUCCGCCCCAGCGCACAGCAGGGCUGAAAGUGGAGACCUCUGAGGACCUCGUGGCCAGAUUGAAAGAGGCAGGGCAUGUCUGAACUCCCCCUCCCCCCAAUAAAUUUGUGGCACCCUUC